AUGCGCCUUGUCCAGCCGCCCGGCGUGGCUCAGCCGGGCGGCUUGCAGGAGUACAAAAGGGUACUCCCCGUAGGCGUCGCCGCAGCGGGCGCAAAUUUGCAGGCCCCAACGCACCCCGUCGUCGACGCUUUCGUAGUCCCUGAGGUGGAGGGCGGCGUUGGUGUAGUGCUGGAGGGCUCGGCACCAAUACGUGUGCGGAAGGACGGUGAGAUAGCGAGGUUUGGCGUGCAAUCGCGACAGAUAGGCAUCCGGCGCGUCGUCGUUAGUCGGGUCGAGCAAGGUCGGAUAGGACGACUCCCGGUUCACAUCAAGUUUGAUCUUCACCACCGAGCGCUUUCGCGGCGUUUCGUCGGCCACAUUCGGGUGGGUUUUGGAGGAUUCGAUGAGAUGCUCGUGGAGCAUCGCAAAGGCCGUUCGGUACUCCCCGUAAGCCUCCCGAACACACGCCAACAGCACAAUACUUUGAUAGCGCAGAUACGUCGCCUCGCAUUCUUGGAGCCGCAUCUGUUGUUGUCGUCGCCUUUCGUCGUUGCUUUUGCUGAGUUGAUCAAUCGAUAG